GGGAAUAUGAGACUCACCUAAAUGAUCUCGAGCUACACUGGACUUAUUCUCCAGAAUUUUCGAUGUUGAAACUUUAGCGUAACUAUCGUACAAGCCAUGCCAAAUGGUACGGGUAGGUUUAGACUGUUGCUCUAUGAACUUUUUGUGAGCAUCAUCUCGCUGCUGUUGAGUCAAUGUGCGGAACAGUGAUGGUGGCUCCCAAGCAUUCGCUCGAUGGGCAUUCUCCUCUGAAUUAAGGGUAGUAUCUACUUCCAAGGGUUCCGGAGCCGAUUCAUUAUGAUUUCUAUUCUUUAUUGAAUUUGACGGUUGUGAUUCGCUAUCGGUAGCUGCUUCUUCUGAUCCACGCUGAAUGUUUGACAUUGGUAGGCAAGGGAAGGGGGCCCAAAACUCCGAAUUUCGUUGAUUCUUGGUACUGACGUGAUACUCUUACCAAGCUCUGACUGAGCAGAAAUUGAGCUACAAUUUUUUCCACAGUAUGUUUUUGUACCGCUUCCGUUUGAAACCCUUGCCUUUACCUUUACCUUUUCACAAACCACUUUUCGUACAAAUUACCAAAAUGUCUACCACCUCCACUGCUCAGGCAAAUAUUAGACAAUGGGCCUCUAAGGAUGGAGAGUUCCGUCGUCAAGUAUCCUCGUUCCGUGAUAGCGUUAGUAGAGACCCGAACGCGCAGUUUGCAGCAGAGCCAAACCGUUAUCACCUAUACAUCUCUUGGGCUUGUCCUUGGGCUCACCGAACCGCCAUCGUUCGACAGCUGAAGGGCUUAGAUAAGAUUAUCGGCCUCUCUGUCGUGGACUUCUUGAUGCUUGAUAAGGGAUGGAAAUUUUCAACCAGUGAAGAGACCCCUGGCGCCAUUCCUGAUACUGUCAACAAUGCCCAGUAUAUCCGCGAAGUUUACUUCAAGGCUAACCCGAACUAUGAUGCACGCUUUACUGUUCCUGUUCUGUGGGAUAAGAAACUCAACACCAUAGUCAACAAUGAAAGCUCGGAAAUCAUCAGGAUGUUCAACGAAGAAUUCAAUGAUCUGAUCGAUAACGAAGAGCAGAAAAAACUGAACUACUAUCCUGAGAAUUUGAGAGGCGAAAUCGAUGAAAUCAACGAAUGGAUUUAUGACACCGUUAACAACGGUGUGUACAAAUCUGGAUUUGCAACCACUCAAGCUGCAUAUGAGAGAAAUGUUUAUCCCCUUUUCGAGUCCUUGGACAGAAUCGAGAAGAUCCUAUCUACGAAUGAAUGGUUGGUCGGUGGAGUUUUAACCGAAGCAGACAUCAGACUGUGGACAACCAUCGUGAGAUUUGAUCCUGUGUACGUUGGUCACUUCAAGUGUAACCUCAAAACCAUCGAAAAGGACUACCCGAACAUCCUUCGCUGGGCUCGCCAACUUUACCAAAUCCCUGGUGCUGCUAGCACUGUGCACAUGGACCAUAUCAAAGGACAUUAUUACAGAAGUCACACUCAGAUCAACCCCACCGGUGUCGUUCCCGUUAGCAAUGGACCAGAUUUAUCAAAACCUAUCAUCAAAUCCUAGAUUUGGGCCAUGCCGAUCAACGACACACUUUUAUCUUGUUAUCGCGUACAAUAAAUAGUUAUUGUGUUUUUAUUUUGUCUUCCAUAUUUGAACCAUGUCUAUCGAGACAGGA